AUGGCACCUAAACUCACAGAAGACGAGAUCGAUGAUCUCAUUUACUUUUCCCGAGCUGGAGAGCAGGAGGAUCUGACCGAGGCUAUCAAGAUUCUUACUGAGCGAGAGAACGCCAGCCCUGCUGAGAUUGUUGCGGCUGCCCAGGAUGCCUCCAACAAAUCUACAUGUUUGCACAUGGCGACAGGAAACGGCCAUCUAGAAAUCGUCAGACAACUCAUCCAGUACUUUGACAACCGACCAAAGGAACAGAAGCAAGCUUUCCUAGACGAGUCAAACGAGGCUGGAAACACCGGUAUGCACUGGGCAGCCCUAGGCGGUCACCUCGACGUCAUCAAGCUGCUCCUCGAGCAAGGCGCUUCUCCCGCGCUGGCAAACGAGCAGAACUACGUUCCUCUUGAUCUCGCCUACUUCAACCACAAGAACGAAGUGGCAGAGUACUUCCUCUCGACUGCGAAGAAGAUGGAGGAUGAGAACCAGGAAGAGGGUGGACUGAGUGCUGCUGUUGAGACGGUUGAGAUUGAGGACGGCGAGAAGAGUGAGGAGAAGAAGGAGACUUCAUAA